CUUCAGCGGCUUGCGCAGAAUUAACAAUCAGAGAGGAACGCGGCGCGAAGCCCUGCCUCCUGGAGGUAUACAACCCUCACCAUCUCUAACCCCUCUCUCUGUCUCUCCCUCCCUCCUGUAAGCAGCAAGCUUUCCUCUUCGCUGGCCACUAAUACUACAGCACAGGUCCCGGGAUUCUCGAGCUGUGCCCAGCUGACAAGCCUUUGAAGAUGGCACAAUAACAGUCCAGUGAUGCCUGACCAUGACAGCAUAGCCCUCUUAACCAGACAUACUAAAAGACGAAGAGUCGAUAUUGGAGUGAAGAGAACUGUAGGGACAUCUACAGUGUUAACUAAAGCAAAAGGGAAGCUAUUCAGUGCCAUGAAUCCCCAAAGCUCAGAUCAGGACAUUGAGUGCUCAGUGGUUCAACAUACGGAUGGGGACAAAUCAAAUGUGCUCCGCAAGCUGUUGAAGAGAGCAAACUCAUAUGAAGAUGCCAUGAUGCCUUUUCCUGGAGCUACCAUAAUUUCCCAACUGCUGAAAAACAAUGCAACCAAGAAUGGAAGCACAGAGCACAAUUUGCAAACUAGUGGUCUCUCUAGUACAGGCUCAGAGGCAAAUCAGGAAGAUGCCUGUAGUAAUUCUUCAAGGGAAAGUGCCCAAGAAUGCACAUCACCAUUUAGCAGACCCAACAUGAGCCAGUUUGAUGUAGAUCGGCUUUGUGAUGAACAUUUGCGGGCGAAACGUGCACGCGUUGAAAACAUAAUUCGAGGCAUGAGUCAUUCACCGAAUGUGGCACUACGGGGUGGGGAGAAUGAUCGAGAUGGGGUACAGCAGCCUGUAAGUCCCAGAGAGAGUUACAGGGAAAACAAACGUAAGCAGAAGCUUCCCCAACAACAGCAACAGAGUUUUCAGCAACUGGUUACAGCCCGGAAGGAGCAAAAGAGAGAAGAACGACGGCAAUUGAAGCAACAGUUGGAAGACAUGCAGAAGCAACUGCGCCAGCUCCAGGAAAAGUUCUACCAAAUAUACGACAGCACAGAUUCUGAAAAUGAAGAAGAUGGCAACCUGUCCGAAGAUAGCAUGCAAUCAGAAACUGCUGAUACCAGAGCACAUGACAGAUCUGAUAAUGAGAUAUCAGAAUUAGAUCCAGGGCAUUUCCUUGAUCGUGCCCGUGCUCUUAUAAGGGAACAGGAAAUGGCAGCAGAAAACGAAAAACUGAAGAGAGAUGGCCACUCAAGGAAAAACCAGGGCUUGACCACCUUGCAUGCUGAAGGGAAACAGCUAGCUGAGACUCUUAAACAGGAACUCAAUUCCACCAUGUCACAAGUAGUGGACUCUGUUGUCAAAAUGUUCUCUAAAUCCUCCCACCAGCUUCCUCAGGUCUUCCCCCCUAUCCAGAUUCCACAAGCAAGAUUUGCCAUGAAUGGUGAAAACCACAACUUUCAUACAACAAAUCAACGACUUCAGUGCUUUGGUGAUGUUAUCAUUUCUAACCCCUUGAAUACUUUUGCCAACAUGCAUGUGUCUAAUUCCUCAGACCAGACGGAAGCACUGCCUUUAGUAGUACGCAAAAACUCAUCAGAGCAGUCUGCCUCCACCCCCUCGAUGGGAGGCCACCACACUUCUCAUCAUCAGUCCCCGCUCUCAGCUGCCGCAGGAUUUUCAUCCCCUGCUUUUCGCCAUCCGCUGCCUCUUCCCCUCAUGGCCUAUUCCUUUCAGAGCUCAAUAGGUAAUGCCUCCAACACAGUAUCUGGAAAAGACAGGUCAUCUCCCGAGUCCUUGGACUUGACCAGGGAAACUGCCUGUCUGCGGACCAAAGUGUCAUCGCACCACAUGAACCAUCAUCCGUGCUCACCAAUCCAUCCAUCCAGCACAGCUGAAGGUCUCUCUUUGUCUCUCAUUAAGUCUGAGUGCAGUGACUUGCAAGAUAUGGCAGACAUUUCACCAUAUUCUGGAAAUGCAUCGUACAUACAGGAGGGACUGUCACCCAAUCACCUGAAAAAAGCAAAGCUGAUGUUCUUCUACACCCGGUACCCCAGUUCAAAUAUGCUGAAGAUGUUCUUCUCUGACGUGAAGUUUAAUAGGUGCAUCACCUCACAGCUUAUAAAGUGGUUCAGCAAUUUCCGAGAAUUUUACUACAUCCAGAUGGAAAAGUUUGCUCGUCAGUCUAUUAACGAUGGAGUAACAAGUACCGAAGAGCUGACUGUCUCCCGUGAUUCUGAACUGUUCAGAGCCUUGAACAUGCACUACAACAAAGCAAAUGAUUUUGAGGUUCCGGAGAGGUUCUUGGAAGUGGCUCAGAUCACAUUACGAGAGUUUUUCAAUGCCAUUGUUGCAGGCAAAGACGUUGAUCCUUCCUGGAAGAAGGCCAUCUACAAGGUCAUUUGUAAGCUGGACAGUGAAGUCCCGGAGGUUUUCAAAUCUCCAAACUGCCUGCAAGAGCUGCUGCACGAGUAAAGAUGCCCAGAGCCGUCAGACGUAAUAUACCCUUUUCCGAUCUGAUGCCCAAUCAUUGUAUUGUUGCUUUACAUAGCUCUAAUUUGUUAAUUUUCCAUGAUGUUUUACCCUUUUACAUUUGACCUUGUCAGUAGGUUGUUCUCCACAGCCUUGAACCUACUAAUGCUGAAACCUGAAUCCUUCUGUCUUGAAGGUUAUUUGAUUUGAUUUACUGAAAGAAAAAUGAAGUGUGAGUGUGUACUUUUAUUUUUGAUAUUUUAUGGAAUUACACCUGAGGAGAUCUGCUCUGUCAGACAAUAGGGUUUAUUAAUGAUUAGUUGUGGCAAAUGGCAAAUAACUAUGACAUCAUUGGAACAGUAAAGUGACUGUCAUGGGAUACAACACUACACACUAGGAGGUUUGGCCCAGUUGUAUCAUUACCAGAGAUGUUUAAGCUUGCUAUUGUUUUGAUUUCGGGCUGAUACCAAUUGAUCUUUCCACCUUCCGCCCCCAAAUAGCGUACACCAUAUAGCUUGACUAUACCUAUGAUGUCAUUUAUAUAGCUAAAUAAUCACUACCUGGAAGUGGCAUGUGUUUAUUCUUUGGUCUCUCUAGCUGAUGUCAGUCCAUGUUGCCUUGAUUCCCAUCUUACAAUCUUCCACCAAAAGAGAUUUUUCUAUUAGCAUUCUGUAAUUUCACUAAAAUGACUCCUUCAUUAUAGCCUCUCCACGGCAGAGUAAUUCUUCUUACACACAAUAAGGUUCCUGUGCUCUUCUAAUGAUCCCAGAUGAUUCAGGAAAGGUUUAUAACAGGCCAAAUCAGCAGACAGGUUUAAUUAUCCAGAGAGGAAAGAUUGCUAAAAAAAUAAAAAAAAAAUCCCCUGUUAAUUUGUUAGUAUUCAGCAAAAUUUGACAAACUAAACAUAUUUAUUUAAAAUGAGGCUAUCCUGCCUGCUGGAUGUUCAUUAGCUAUUAUGUACCCCAAUAAAACUUUAAAUCUUUAGAAUAAUGUAUUUAUUCAGUCCAAAUAUUCUGUAAACUGACAGAUUUUCAAACAUGGAAAUGUGCUGUGAACUUUAUUUGAGAUUUUUUUCCUGGCUCUGCUCCUUAAAGUAACAGUUUGCAUUAACUAAAGAAAAUUAACUUGAAUAUUAAAUGAUUGAGAAUGUGUCAGUUUACCACAUUUCAAACCAUGAGAGGACAUCAGGUUGUUAUUAUUUAAGUUGGGGGGAAUCUGUUCAGGUACAAAGGGAAAAAAAUGAAUACAAAAACAAAUGUGCUUUAAAGUGCAAAUCAUUAUAAGAGAACUGCUGAGUGCAAUGAGCACAUAAUUGUAAUUAGAAUACAGGUUCUUUGUGAAAAUGGUUACUUGUACAUAGUGUGCAAAUGUUCUAUUGACACUGAAAGUCAUUUGUGCGUAAACAUGCCAUGCUGUUAGAAUCUGUUUUAAACUAAGAUGCUCACCACAGGGAAUUUGAAAUUGUCCAGAUUUAAUCUGAUUUAUUUUUAACUGCAACUAUAUGAAACAAAUUACAAACUGUUUUACACUAUUUGUGCAAAUACAUCAAAAAUAUUAAGCUUGAUUUGAUACCAGUUCUUAAGCAGCAAAUUUUUUCUUCCUUGCCCCAUUCUCCUUUUUUAGCAGUUUGGUUUUUAGUGUUGGCACUGACUACUGAAAGCAUCCCGAGUAAUUAGAUGAAGGGAACAUGCUGAACCAUGUAUAAUUUUUAAAGUUUAUAUAUAAUAUAUAUAUUUAUGCAGUUAUACUGAAAAUACCUUCAUUAGCCUGAUUUAAUUGUUAUUAGAGUGUGACUUUUGGUAGUAGUGUAUUUAUUUUAUUUACCAACAUAAUUACUACUGAGAACAAACCUCUGUGUUAUGACUGAUGUAGAGUUCUAUCUAUGUCAGUUUAUUUGAGACAAAAUUGGCUUUAAACCAAUCCAGUUUGAUGACCAUACACAUUUUCAGUCAAUCAGACCCACCAGCCAGCAUAUGCAUAAUAUAUUUUAAAAUGACUAAACUGAGAAAUAAUGAAGUGUUAGAACUGGGUUUGAAUAUAGCCACUCUGUCUUAACAGCAGUUUCUGACAAAAUGAAGCAGCAAAGUGUGCACUUUCAGAAUACACGAUUUAUGAAAUACUAUUACAAAAGGAUUGGCAUAAUUUUUGCACCUUUUUGAAAUUUAUCUUGAGUGACUUUUCAACAUGGUAGUUCACCAGAAUCCAGUGGCUCUGUACAGAAGGAUGCCAAUGCUCAUAAUUUGGUAUAAAGCUAAAUUCAUGUAACCACAGACUGAAAAUGGAUCUAUUACUGUUUCUGCCCUAUUUAAAACUAAAUUGUGUUAAACUUAUUGGUUUAUGGUAUGUUACACAUUUCAUUUUGCCUAAUUGGUUUGUAAUUUAAGCCCUUGUAUAAAAUCAAACCUACCAGUUAGAUGCUAAAUAGGUUGUGUCAUCAGGAAUUCCUGUUGUUCAGGCCAGAAAUUCCAGAUUGCAAGCUGCGAUUCACUCAAUUUCCAGGCUGCAGAAAGGCUGAUACUGCAUUAGAAGUUUGAUCGGUAAGGAUUAUUGGAAAAUUUUCCAUUGGAUUUACUGUCGACUACCUUAGAUAAUAUCAAAGAGAAGUAUAGCUUGUUAGGGUAACUGGUCUUAAAACUAUGAAAUGCUCACCAUUAGACUCUUAACAGAAAAGUGACUGUCACUUUAGGAUGAACUUAAAAGUUUUUUAAAAAAUUUGUUCACCAUAUUCAGGUUAAAGUGAAAUGACUUAAAGAUAAUACAAAUUUAAAUUUAGGACCCGUUAUUUUCUUUUUUUAAUAUUUAACACAAUAGUAAUUCAUCUUUGGUUGCAAGCACUGAACUUGCAGUGUAGAAGCAUUUGCUUGUUGAACUCCUCCUCUGAAAUUUGUUUCCAUUGACCUCCAAUGAGCUACAUCUCAAGUGGAGUAUAAUGUGCAGGAACUACUACCACGCUACUGAUCUACAAGCAAAGAAAAAUUUCUUCCCUGACACACACUCAUUUUGCCAUUCAACAAUAUUGAAUCUAAUUUCAGUUUAUAAAUACAUCGGCUAAAUAGUGUCUGCAAAACAAUUUUUCUAAACAUAUCCUGCACUGAGUAUUCCAGAUUAGAAUUUUUCUGCGUAUAGAUGUUCCAGGUUCAACUGUGACCAUAUUCUGAGAAAAUUAAGACUGAGAUGGAUACAAAAGGGGUCCGGGCUGAUGAAACUAUCUGUGUUGGAUAUCAGCAUUACAGACCUAGAUGCUGUGCAGGAUGUACCACCAAUACAUCAACAUUUUUUGGAGCAUGUGGAUAGAUUGGAACAAAAUUACAUUGUGUUUUCAAGCUUUGAAACCAAAGUAAUUUUAAAAAUGGUAUUUUUAUUAUUUCUAAUGGGUAAAGACGAACAAUGUUUUGAAAACAUUUUCAGUGAAUGAAUCACUUUAAAAGUCCUGAUUUAUGUAAAAUGUUGCAUUUAAGUUAAUGAAUUAAACAUUCGUAUUGAUAUAGGUCUGAAGCUAUCAUUACAAUUCAUUAUUUUUUAUUCUGUUGUCAGAAAUGCUGAUGAUUGAAUUGUAAUUAGUCACAAACCAGAACAAAAUGUUGGCUUUGCAGUAGCAGAAAUAGAGUGAAUCAUUGAACGAUGAGCAUUUUAAAAUAUUGUGUUUUAUUACAUUUUACUUAUUUGGAUUUUUUUCUCUUAAGAUGAUCAGAGCACUUGAACUCUCAAUCAUACAAAAUUUAAUAUUUUGUACAUUUACAAUUUUUUAAAUUAUGAGGAAUUGAGUGUUAUAACAAUGUGAGUGACCCUAAUGUUGCAGUGUAACUUAUUUUAAGUUCAACUGAUGGAAUGAAAUGCAGGGAGCAAUUAAUGUCAACACAUAGCCUUAAAAACCUGCUGACAUCAAAUUAGCAGCACAAUGCCUGAAAUACCCAAUCACAAUUCGAGAGCACUUGCAGUGUCUGUACAUUUUCAGGAAAUGCAGACAAUAAAAUAAAGUGUCAUUGUAUUCACUAUGCAUCUAAACCAAGUUUGCCAACUUAACUUUGGUGUGCCCCCUUACUGCCGAGUCCUUCAUUUGAGUUUGUGUUGUACUGACUACUUAGCUUUGCCUGGAAAAAUUAUGUACCAGUCACUCAGUCUCAAUUAGUACUGACAUAUUGUUACUACAAAAUUUGAAAACAAACUUGUCUAAUGAAAUCAGUUAUCAGUAUUGGUGAUCCUAUUAUAGGACUGACCUUGAAGAAUACCAGAUAACAGUUUGUCAUUACAAUAUGGUCUCAAUUAGAGGUGCGAUGAUUAUCAUAAACAGAGUUAAGGGCUUUACUUUCCUGCUUCCUUGUUUAAAGAAUAAGUGUAAGAUUUAUCAAAUAAUUAAAUUGUGCACAAAAUUGCGAAGAGUACCAUACGUACUAACAUUUUGUAAAGAAUCAAAAUGAAUGGGUUCUAAAUCAUCUCAAUAUUUUAUUCUGUAAUAAUGGCACAACUAGUUGAACAGGAUAGUUUUGUAAUAUGAUUUUAAUAAAAAUUGCAUUCAACGGUCUAAUUGUAAUUCCAUUUAACCUAAUUCACUUUGUCCAGUAUAUAAAGAAUGUUCUGGAAAUUUCAUUUGAACUGGAAUGCUUUUAUGAGAGCCAUAAUGCCUUUGUGCCUCCAGCUACUUUUUUUUCUUAUAAACCUGAGAUUAUCUUGAUUGCUUCACAAGGUUUGCUGUCAUUAUACUGGCAUACACUUUACGUAUUCAUGAUGUAACAGCUAAAAGAGGCAGGAGGUCAGAUGCUUCAGACUGGAAAUUUAUAUAGUUUAAUAUGAGCUCAUGACGGAUGAUAUAUCUGUAAAUUAUUACCCAUUUCUGUAUUCUUAUUGCUAAUAGAAAUUUAACAUUGCAUAUAAACUUGAGGUGAUAUCCUGUGCCUAGACCUUAAAUGCACCAGCUUGAAGGAUACAGACACCUUCAAUUUCCCAAUUUCCCACAUAUACAAUUGUUCUUGUGCCUUGUGUGGCUGAACAUUUUUUUAAUUUGGGAUUCUUGAGGAUUUCCUUUUUAUUCAUAACCAACUGCAAUAAAUGCCAGAUUUACUGAGUGAUAGCUAUGCAUAUAUUGUAUCUUUAUAAAAAUAAAACAGCUGGAAAAAAAUUUUUGAAGAGAAUUUUUAGAACAGUUUGAUAAAGCAAAUUAUUUUUUCCUCUUCAACUGUUUGCUCAGCAUUCAAGUAUGGGAAAUCUUGUAGAAGCCAAUUUUUUGUAACUGUGGUGCAGAUUUUGUGUUUUCAUAGAUUAUAAAAGUAGUAUAUAGAAGCAAUAUUUCAUAUGAUGUGAUUAUACGUGUGAAGUGAAAGCUGACUUUUCCCCUUUAGAUGGACAACUUUUCUAUUUUAGACAUGCUGAAAAUAUGUUUUGUGAAGAGAAUGUUUUGCUGUGACUUCUGCGACAAUUAUAUUUAUGACUAUUGCAGAAUAUGCCGCAGAGAGCAUUCACAAUACUGAAAAAAUUACAUGGCAGACAUUAAGUUCAAGUAUUUAAAUAGUACGAGGUAUUUACUCGCAUAUUUUGUUGCAGUUAGGUUGUGCCUCAGAGUAUCAAAGCUGGUAAUCUGCUUUAAGUUUCUGAUUUAAUACUUUUGAUUUUUGUAAAGUAAUUGCAUUAAAAAUAUGUGGGUAAAUAUUCCACUAAAGUUUAAAAAGGGAGCCCUCGAGAAAUGCUAACUUUAAAUUACCAUUUUUUAAAAAUUUAAUUAGUUUUUCAUACUAAUGCUUUCCUUUUCCUUUAAAAUAAACAUCUUUCAUAUCUAAUUUGUUGCUGUGUUUAAUGCUGUCACAGGAAAUAUAAUGCAUGAUGUGAAUUUGAUCAUUAAGUAUGUAUUGAAUUUCCUAUGGGGGGGGGAACUGCCAAUUUUCCCACAUGUAAGUUUGUUAGCCCUUGGAAUUCUAAUUAGAUUUAUAAAAAUUCUUUGAAGUUCACUUCAUUGUUUAUUGUAUUCAGAAUCCACAAAUUCUGCAUUCAUUAUUCAUUAUGAAUUCUGUAUCAUGUAAAAUAUUUACAGAAUGUAUAUUGCAUCUACCCAGUAAAUAAAUGAGAGUAAAUGGAUGAAUCCUAAGACCUUCCUUGUGGUGAUGUCAGUGGCAUAGAAAUCAGCAGCUACAUCAAAAGCACAUGCACUUGUAAACUCUGUAAUUUACCUAAACCCUAUCCACACCAUUUUAUUUAAGUGGUAGUUUAAUGUUGACUUAUUUUUUGAGAACUCCCUUAAAAUUAAAUGACAAGGGAGAAGGCUAUUUUGGAAAUGGUUACUACAUAUUGCACUUCUGUUGCAGAAUGUGAAGUUGAAUGAAACACACUCAUCUUGUCAUAGAGAACUAUGGGGUAUGAACUACCUGCGAUGAAAACGCUUGUGUGUAUAUAGUUGCAGAAAAGUGACAAAAACACUGCCUUUAUAUUAUUUAGCAAUAUGUUGUACAUAGCAUUAUGCUCCUUUUUGUAUUAAAUACUUGUUAAUUUGAAAAUAGUGCAGUAAUUAUAACUGACAUAGUCAGUGUUUUGAUUUUCUUUUCUAGCUAGAGACAAUUUUGAUUGUGGAAUUUUGUUGUUGUUGUUAAUUGUUCUGAAGACUUUGCAUAAUUUAUUGGUUUAAUUUAUCCUAAUUUAUUCAAAGGUGUACAAUUUUGUAUUCCCAGGGAUGUACUGUAAUAAUUGAUCAUUUAAUGAAAUGAUGAUCCCUAUACAUUUUAUGGGGUGCAGUAGCCAACUGACUUAAGCAAUGGUUAUUAAAUACUGCUUGGCAGCUACUAAAUUUUGAAGAUAAAACCGUUUGCUGAAUAACCGAUUUUAUUUUGUGUGUUUUAAGCUUUUUUGUAUGGUAUCCAGACUUUUACCUUUGCUUUGUACCACCUACAGACUACAGUAGUUCAAUUGCCUUGUGUGCCUUCCAUUCUUCUCUAAACUGAAUGUAUGUGCAGUAUAUAUGCAAGCU